GGGCUCAUGCGAAUGCGGAAGUAAGCCACACGGGGCAAACCUUGUGAACGGCUUCAAGUUUGUCCGCAGACGUAUGGCGGCCGCAAUGGAGCCCGAGCACGCGGACCGAGCUCGGGCCUGUCUGUGCGUCCUCUGCGGUCUUCCCGCUGCGGGGAAGUCGUCGCUGUCCCGCAGCGUCUGCCUCGCCGCGAGAAGGCGCGGCUGGAGAGCCGCCGUGGUGCAGUACGACGGGCUGAUCCCCGAGCAGGCUUUUCAAAACAGAGCUGCAGACGACGACGCUACGUCACAAGAAGCGCGCACAGAAUGGAAGAUCCACCGAACUGCAGUGUUGCGUUGCCUCGAGGAGUUCCUGGAGAAACGGGAAAUGCCGAUGGAGCGUCCGGGCGACGGCGGCAUCGACGUGCCCGCGUGGGAACGCUGCGCCCGCGCUCUACUGACGCCGCCUCUCGACCCCGCCCGGGCCGACGCGGCGCCGCUUUUGAUUCUGCUUGAUGACAACUUCUACUACCCGAGCAUGAGAUACGAGGUCUUCCGGCUGGCUCGCAAGUAUUCGCUGGGCUUUUGCCAGGUGUACGUGCAAUGCCGCUUGGAUCUGUGCAUGAGCCGGAAUGAGAGCCGGCCUCGUCCCGUCCCCGCCGAGGUGAUCGCGGAGAUGGCAAAGCGUCUGGAGCCUCCAAAUCCAACGAAAAACCCCUGGGAGGCAAAGAGCAUCGCGGUGGACACGGCAGACGAUUUGUUCGAGUGCGACAUUCAGAGGGUGAUGGAGUUGAUCUCCUGCGCGCUCGGCGACCCUUUGAGCCCAUUUGAGGACGACGUCGAACAAAAGGAGGCAGACCGCCAAAGAUGCGCCACAAGCGGGGUUCACCGGGCUGACCAGGCCUGUCGCCGUCUCAUCUCCGAGGCCAUGAAGAAAGCCAGAGAAACCGGUGUAUCCUCUCGACACAUGAGGUCCCUGGCCACUCAGCUUGGCGAAUCCAAAACGCGAGUCCUCCAAGAUCUGCGCAGAGACUUUGUUCAAGACCUGAACUUGACUCAGGGAGGGGACGACAUGGACGUGGAUCAUGUGGUGAAGACGGCGGUGAUGCGUUUUGACUGUGAAAAGCAAGAAAUACUCUUCAAAGUAGCCCAGCACCAUUCCAACUUUUAGCCGGUGAGUCUGUUAUUAAAAAAAAUAAAA